GAAAUUAAAUAGCGUUCGGUAAUUUACCGUAUUUUACAUCCUUCGAAGAUGAAACAAAAUACACCAACUAAGAGAGUGGAUGUUGUAAUAAUAGGGGCAGGAUUCGCAGGUUUGAGUGCUGCUAGGCUCCUCAAUGAAGAAGGUCUGGAUGUUGUUCUCAUAGAAGCAAGGGAUAGAGUAGGGGGGAGAAUACACACAAUCAGGGACCCUGUUAUAGGCUACACAGAAGUAGGAGGAGCCUAUGUUGGGCCCACUCAGAGACGCAUGCAAAGACUCGCUAAGGAAUUUGGAAUGGAAUGGAAAAUUGUUCGAGAAGUAGAGAAGACAGUCCUCAGUUCAAAGACUGGAUGGCAAACUUACAAAGGAACAAUACCUAUUAUCUAUGAUCCUAUCAAAAUAUUGGACAUGAACAACAUAUUUCAGAUGUUGGAAAAGAUGAGUGAAGAGAUCCCUGUAGAGGCCCCUUGGAAGGCUCCACAUGCUGAGGAAUGGGACAGUAUGACAAUGAAGGAAUUCAUGGACAAGCAUUGCUGG